AUGUUUAUUUUGAUCGACUUGCGUGAUCACGAAAAUAAGUCACACGACACCGUUAAAUUUGGUUUCACAGCUCAGGUAUGUUUUCCAUUUCUGUAUUAAAUACAAUUCAUUGUUUUAGGCGACAAUCAAGCAGCUCCACGAUAAAAUUCUAUCUAGAUUUCAAAUUGGGAUAGAAUAUCAACAGAUUUACGACAGCAAAAAUAGUCGCAUCGAUUUGUUGAAUGGUUCAUUGGAAGGUGUAGGACUGAAAGAUAACGAAACGUUGAUUCUGGUUAGUUAUUUUGACAUAUAACACGCUGUCUCCGUUAUUCUCAAACACAACGGGUACAAUAAAAAAAAAUUUUUUUUGAUUUUGAUGAAACUUCAUCCAGUGUGAUAGCCAAUCAUCAGAAAUGCGGACCCAACUUUUUGAGUCAUUUCUUCUUACUGUAGCCGGGUUACGGUAGCCAGGUAGGCACCUGCGUAUCUCAGUAUUGAAGAGUUUUUAGUAGACAAAUGAUAUAUCAAUCGAUAGGUAAUCCAAUUUUGAAAACUUUUACAGUACAUGCCAUCUUGGGUUACUGUGGGAAAAUUUUGAGUUACGGCACUUUUUGCGUCUGUCGAGUUAGUUUUUCGACCACCACGAGCUUGAGCCGGGAGAUCCAUUCUUCCUAGCUCCUCAAAAGAUACCUUAUGAGAAGCUGUACAAGCUGGUACUAGUUCGAAGAAAUCCUAGGUGGACCAUCAUUUCGAAAAAUCUCCCCGAAGGCGCGCAAUCGUGGUCUUGCGGCGGCCAAAUGGGGGAAGUCCAUGACGCCUGACGGCACAUUCUUCACAGAUCCAUUCUAAACUUUGUUUCCAUUUCACUUAUAGAUAUCUAUUAAUGGUUUUUUUAUUACCACUUGAGAUGAUUUCAGGUUGACCAUCAUCUCGAAAUCUCAUUUUGAACUCAAAUUUGGCCUAAAAUGGCCGACUCGGCUUUUUUCACGGGAUCCCUGACCCCGUAUGUGACCGUUCUCAACUUUUUUCUUCCUUAAAAAUGAACAAGAGUGUCUGAACAAUAGUUGUAUAACGAUCGGAAAUUAUUUUGAGAGGACCAUCAUCUCGAAAUCUCAUUUUGAACCCAAAUUUGGCCUAAAAUGGCCGAGUCGGCUUUUUACACGGGAUCCCUGACCCCGUAUGUGACCGUUCUCAACUUUUUUACCCCCUAAAAAUGAACAAAAGUGUCUGAACAAUAGUUUUAUAACGAUCGGAAACUAUUUUGAUAGGACCAUUAUCUCGAAAUAUCGAUUUAAACCCAAAUAUCGGCUUAGUUUCCCCAUUUGAAGUUUUUAUCAUUUACAUCGAAGUUUAUUCUGCCAAUUUUUUUUCAAAACAAGAAAUCAAAAAUGAGAAAUGUGAAAUACCAAGAAAUUUUUCUCAUAAAAGAAAAAACCCGACACUCUGACCACCGGUGAGGUUGAAACUUAACUUUCAAGCUGAUGUUUUUAUAAAUGUUUUUAUUAUAACCUAAAUAGUAGUUCUGAAUCUUCAGACUUUUUUUCAUACCUAAAAAACAAGACAUUCGUCUUGUGACUAUUUUUGUGAAAAGAAACCAAAAAAAAAUAUUUCGAUUUUCAAGCGAAAUUUUAUUAAAAAGUGGGUUUCCCAGGUAAACAGUCAUUUUGGAAUUGAUCCAAAAUAGAAUUUAUUUUCAGUUCUCAGGUUUAUAUUCUCUUUAAAAAGUGAAAAGUGCCAAGAUCUGUAUUGAUGGAACCAAUAAUCUUAUUAGAAGGGUAAACCAAAAGUUUUCAAGCCAAAUUUGGGUUCAAAAUGUGAUUUCGAGAGGAUGGUCCUCUCAAAAUAGUUUCCGAUCGUUAUACAACUAUUGUUCAGACACUCUUGUUCAUUUUUAAGGAAGAAAAAAGUUGAGAACGGUCACAUACGGGGUCAGGGAUCCCGUGAAAAAAGCCGAGUCGGUCAUUUUAGGCCAAAUUUGGGUUCAAAAUGAGAUUUCGAGAUGAUGGUCAACCUGAAAUCAUCUCAAGUGGUAAUAAAAACCAUUAAUAGAUAUCUAUAAGUGAAAUCGAAACAAAGUUUAGAAUAGAUCUGUGAAGAAUGAGCCGUCAGGCGUCAUGGACUUCCCCCAUUUGGCCGCCGCAAGACCACGAUUGCGCGCCUUCGGGGAGAUUUUUCGAAAUGAUGGUCCACCUAGGAUUUCUUCAAACUAGUACCAGCUUGUACAGCUUCUCAUAAGGUAUCUUUUGAGGAGCUGUACAAGCAUGAAAUUUAAAUGUUUACUUUUUUGACCAAAAUUUUCAAGAGUGAAAUUUAAGUGUUUACUUUUUCGUACAAAAAAAUUUUUUUCAACUGUGAAAAUUAAAUGUUCAUUUUUUGGCCGAUAGUUUUCCGAACCUGGAUUUUCCGAACCAAAAUCCACAUCAAUACUUUUCCUUUUUCCUCAUUCAAUUAAAUCUCCAGAUAGCACCUUUCUUCCGUUCUGCUCAUUUUUGACCGGUUCCAUAUAAUUUUUCCCGUCCUUAACCGGCUUUUAGCUUUGCCCUUGACCAUCCAAAUCACUGUUUUUCCAACAGAUUUAUUAAUUUUUAACCAGAAAAUAGUUUGAAUUUCGAAGUAAUCGAUUCAUGAUUUCAUUUGGAGUAGACUGAGACAGAAUUGACUCCGGCACAGAUACUGCCAAGUGCCGUAAUUUUUAAUGAAUAAAUUAAUGAAUAAAUGUUUACCUUUUUUUAAAAAAAAUUUUUCAAAGUGAAAUUUGAAUGGUCACUAUUUUUGAUCAAAAAUUUUUAAAAUGAAAUUUGAAUGGUCACUAUUUUUGACCAAAAUUUUUCAAAAAUGAAUUUCAAAUGUUUACUUUUUUUGACCAAAAUUUUUCAAAAUGAAUUUUUAAAUGUUUACUUUUUCUGACCAAAAAUUUUUCAUAAUGAAAUUUAAAUGUUCAUUUUUUUGAACAAAAUUUUUUUCGAAAAAAAUAAGUAAUUGUUCAUUUUUUAAAUGCUCAGUUAUGAAAUUUAACCAAAAUGAGGUUUUUUUAACAAACAGUUCAUGUGAAAUUUAACUAAUUGGUCGAAUUCAUCAAACGUUCGGAAAAUGUUUGGUUGAACGUUCGUUCAAACAUUUACUUUUGAGAACUCUAAUGAUAACAUAUCGGUCUUUAUCAACAUUAUUUACUUUCUAUUUAAUUUAAACAAUAUAUUUAAAUGAAAACUUGAGAGCAUUUAAGAAAAUUUUCCAAACAAUUGAUGAUACAUUUUCGAGUUCGAAGUAAACGGAAAUUAUGUACAAAUCUACAGAAGAAAAAAAAAUUGAAUUGAGGCGAGAGAGUGAAGCUUCAAGUAAGAAUAAAAAAGGACAAUAUGACAAAAAACAUGUGUAUCGUUUAUUUUUCAUAAGAAAAAAAAAAUGUUAUUAAGAAAAGAGUAGGAUCAACAAAAACAGAAAAGUAAACCUAUUGCAAGCUCAUAGAUGAUCUUUAAAAAGUCAAAUUAAAUAAAGGAGGGAGGCUCGAAAUGAAAAUGAAAAAAGUUUUGAAAAAGAAAAUUAAGUUAAACAAUCAGAUUGACACUAACACGGGAAGUGCGAAAGGUCGAGGUAUUGGAAUUUAAUGAAACUUGGUAUAUAGGUACUUCCGAACACCCUGAAUCCAAAGCAGUUGAAAAAAAGUGCGCCUUUUUGGUUUUAGUCGAGUUAGGGCGCCUCAAAGUUUGCACGCAAAAAAUGCAUUGGAAGGGAGGAGGGAAUGUGUUGUGGCGGCUAUCUCUAGCUGCCAGCAGGCGGCGUGGUGUAGUGGCUAGAGGCCUUGCGUUGGGAAACCUAUGAUGCAGGUUCGGACCCUUUUUGGUAAAAUUUUUUUUUUCUAUGAAGUUUUUCGAAAAAAUUGAUGAAUUUUUGAAGAUGGAACGAAAAAUACUGUUCAAAGUGUUAAAAUUCACUAUUUUUAUGUCGUUUUUGAGAAAGAACUUCAACAAAAAAAUUUUUUUAGUCUUUUUUUGUCCUCUGUGCAGGAAGUUUGGGCGUCGAGAUUAUUUCCUUGUCUUUUUUUUCAUUCCCUGCAGCAUCGCCAUAUCAUCUCGAUUGUGAAAAUAAAGUGAAAUCUUAUUGAUUGUAUCCAAAAGCAAAGUUCCGGUGUUACAAUUCGGUCGGUUAUUCCGUUACUUUCUCAAUUUUAGGUAGAGCCGCCGAAAGAACGUGAAUGCAGCAAAUAACAGCUUGCUGAAUGAUCGCCAGCGACUGAACAGAAUCAUCUGGAGAGAUGGCUAUGACGAAUAUUUGGAAACUGUUCUCAGGAAUGUCAAUCUGUUCCAGAAUUUGUUCUCAGUAUAAAUUGUUAAUUUUCCGUAGUCUUUUGUUGUAGGAGUUCAGUCUGAUGGUAUUGUCCGCUUUUUUGUGUUUUGAAAUAGACAGGUACGUUGGAAAGGGUUGCAAUUGCAUGUCGUGAUACUCUGUUUAACGCGUAAUGCGAAACACGUCUGGUGCGACAAGUGCACACAGUCGGUACGACUUUUCGACUGGAAAUUUUAUAGAGUUUAAUAUUCACAUCAGACCAAUUGCUGAAUUUUGAUAAUCUUAGGAUUCUAAUAAUUUUAGAAGUAACAAACAAAACCACAAUGAUGGGUUCCGAAUUUUUGAAUUUGGAAUGUUGAAAGUUCUAUUUAAUUCUUUUUCUUUAGCAUCAUUCUCCUCCGUUGGACUCGGUCUAGGAGCUAGAAAUUUAUUAAGAAAAAAAUUUUUUUCAAAUUAAAAAAAAUUAUAAGCCUCCGUCAAAUGAAGAAAAAAACAGACCUAGAACAGACUUGAUAAUUUACAAGAAAAAAAUUUUCAGACAAAAACUACAUGCGUUUAUUCUUUUUUUUGUUUCGAAUCUUUCCGAAAUGAAAAGAACGAAAUCCAUUAUGGCUCCAGAUAUUCAUUCACAUCUCAUUUUCAAAUAUUUGGCAAUCUAGUUUUUUUUCAAUACUUAAACAUUUUUAAUUAAAAUCUUUUUCUGAAUUUCAUUCUCGUUUUUUCAAUGAAAGAAAAAGCUGAUGGCAUGUUCCUGGAUCCCAGCUGCGUUGAAUCGAACACACAAAGUCGUGUUAUGCAAAUUAACAGCAACGAACCGUACCACCACCCGUGGUGAAAAGCCAUGAAACGAUCUUCCGCGAGAACGAGUUGCGGCGGCAUCCAAAAUCAGAAAAAAAAACCCUCGAUCCGCAACUUUUUUUAGUCAGCCCUCAAUCCAUUUUGCCGUUCGAAAGGCUUGAUUGCGUGGCGUCGAUGGCUUGCAACAACAUUUUGAGUUUUUCUUCUUCUUUUUUUGAGCUUCUGGAAUCAGAGGCUAGAUCUUCAAGAACGAAGAUCACUAGAAAACCUUAUCAAUCAAGGGAAAACGGAAAAAAAGUUCAGGACAUGAUCAAGGAGAAAGGAACAAAACCGUGGUCAUUAGCGGCGCUUUUUCCAUUUUCGAGUAGGAACCGUUUAUUCGAAACGCCUAAAGAUUGAUGAUAGGGAUUUCUUGAAGUGCGUGAUCAGGCUCGCGCUCAUUCAGACAAACUGAAAGCUUUAAAAAUGGUCAAGAAGAGUAGAUCGAAAUGGAUAGACUAAAGUUUCCCAGAUUUCGAAUACUUCAAAAAAUUAUAUAAAAUAAAAAUCUCAUUCUGCAAUUGAAUUUUCGAAUUCGCUUCUAAACUAUAUACGGUCAUCGAAACAGAGGAGACGUCUUAAAAAUAAAAAUAUUUGAAAAAGAAGUUUCAUCUACUGGGAGACCCAUUAUUUUUGUCAGUUUCAAGAAUUUUUCACACAAAAACUGUUAAACAAAGAUGAUCUUCAAAUUGGAAAUAUUUUAUGAGACCCUUGAGAAGUUCAAAAAAUUCGAAUCCAACGUUUUUUUUUAACAGCUAGUUUUUUUUCACCCUGAUUCUGUAGAUUUCUUCAAUUGGAUCGGCAAAAACUUUCAUAAAAAUAUUAGCUUCUCGGAGUCGAGUGGGAAAUUUUCUAUAUCUCAGAUUGCGCUUAUAAUCGAACUCUGCACAGCGCAUCGAAAAAAAAAACUUCAAUGGGAAAAUGAAUCCAAAAGUUCCUAAACACUCUAGACAUUGUCGUUGAGUAGGUCUACCCUUGAGAACGGCUUCUCAUCCCAUUUGACAAAAAGAAGAAACUCGAACAUUUGAAAACUUCGAAUCGAAAGUUGAUCGGAAAUUCCUCGAAGAAACCUCUCUCUCCCUUUCCUCCCAAUUUGCAUCGAAACUUGGCUGCCUCACCGGCUGGGGCGGAGCGGCCGACGCCGUCUGGCGCCGCUAUAAAAGCGCCCCAGGUGCAGCGGCGUUCCUCAGACCUCAGCCAGUCAUGGAUCUCGAGACGAGGAUCAAGGCCUACCGCUUCGUCGCCUACUCGGCAGUCACCUUUUCCGUCGUCGCCGUCUUGUCGGUAAUUCUUAUGGAAUAAUCUACUUUCACACAGCCUAUUCAUACUCAGCUUUUCAAGAGAGAGCCUGUACUUCUCUUAUUGACCCAAAAUGCUGAAAAUAUAAUUUUUUAUUCAUCUGGUUUUAAGGGAAAGAUUAUCCAAUUUUCUUUUCUGUGUUACAAACUUUUUGUCCUAUUAAUCUCGUUAUCUUCGUUUUUCCACUUCUACUCCUGCUGAGACAAUUUUUGUUUUACUUUUUUUCAUAGAAAUACUCAAAAUAAACUUUUUAAAUCUGGUUGAAAAAAAAAAAAUGAAAACCAGUGACUUCCAGGUAUGCGUGACCCUACCAAUGGUGUACAACUAUGUCCACCACGUCAAGCGAACGAUGCACAAUGAAAUCACUUUCUGCAAGGUUUUUUUUUGAAAUAUUGUAGGCUAACUUAUCUUUGAACCUUCAGGGUUCUGCUAAAGACAUCUGGUCGGAAGUACACGCUCUGAAGAACAUCCCAAGCGGAAACAGGACAGCUCGUCAGGCCGGCUACGGCGACGCUGCCGUCACGGGAGGAAGCACCACCGCUGGAAGCUGCGAGUCUUGCUGCCUUCCAGGACCAGCUGGUCCAGCCGGAACACCAGGAAAGCCUGGAAGGCCAGGAAAGCCUGGAGCUCCAGGUCUGCCAGGAAAUCCAGGCCGUCCACCACAGCAGCCUUGCGAACCAAUCACUCCUCCGCCAUGCAAACCAUGCCCACAAGGACCGCCUGGACCACCAGGACCGCCAGGAGCUCCAGGAGACGCCGGUACUCCAGGAGCGCCAGGUCUGCCAGGACAAGACGCUGCGCCAGGAGAGCCUGGACCUAAAGGACCUCCAGGACCGCCAGGAAACCCUGGAGCACCGGGAGCACCAGGAGAGCCUGGAACUCCGGCUCAGAGCGAGCCACUCAUUCCUGGAGAGCCGGGACCUGCCGGAGAAGCCGGACCACCUGGACCUCAAGGACCUCCUGGAGCACCUGGAGCCGACGGAGCGCCAGGACAGCCCGGACCGAAAGGACCCAACGGACCAGAUGGACAGCCCGGAGCCGAUGGAAACCCAGGAGCGCCAGGACCAGCAGGACCUCCUGGACAGCCUGGAGAACGCGGAAUUUGCCCCAAGUGAGUAUCUUUGAAGUUAAGAAAUAGAGGACACUGAAUUCAACCUUAAGAACUGCUCCUUAUAAAAACGAAGUUUUCUAUAAUCCUCUGCUUUUCAUGACGUGUACUCUUUACUAGAGCUCUCCAGCCUUUCCAAUUUACUCAAAUUUCCUGCUUUUUCAUUUUUGCAACUUGUGUACCUCUCAACUAUCUGAAUUAAGUGAUGUCAUUCUUUUUCAAAUUGAAAAACCUGCAAAAAGAAUCUUAACUUUUCUUAAAUUCAAAAUUUCCAGGUACUGCGCCAUCGACGGCGGUGUGUUCUUCGAGGACGGCACACGGCGUUAA